AUGGAGGCUGGGCAAUCAACUAUCGGCAUUCCCCCUGAGGGUGAGGCUUCGUUUAAAGCAUUCACUCAAUCAGCCCGGGACAAGGGGCUUUUGACUCGGCCAGAUAGUCUAGAAAGCCGGGACCUGUGUGACGGGCUAUCAGAUCCGCCCACCCUUGUACGAUUUCUGGUCGCCCGUCGAUUUGACCCGGAUGGUGCUCUCAAACAGUUCCAGGAAGCAUCUGAAUUCCGAGAAGAGAAGCAUAUUCUCAGGCUGUAUGAUUUAGUUGACAUUGCAGAUUUCGAGCAAGCGCGUCAAAUUUACCCUCACUGGAUUGGCCGCAGGGACAAAAAAGGGUUACCCAUUUGCAUGCUCGACCUGGCUCGCCUUGACAAAGAUGCCCUGGCACGCUGGGAAACGACGCGCAAGAAUAGUCGCUGGAUGUAUUCCCAAUCAGGAAAAGUUGAGCCACCAAUUCCCGACAUGCUGCAAUUGGCCUCUGUGUACCAUGACAAUCUGAUUCGGUUUAUCCUUCCGCUUUGCUCGAUGAUGACAGACAGGCCGAACCCUGCAAUCCCAGUCACCAAUUCAAUCUAUGUUGUGGAUGCAUCGAACCUGGGGUUAAAGCAAGCAUGGGGCUUGCGAUUCUUCGCCCAAGAGAUCAGUUGGUUGUUAUCAACAUGUUACCCAGAGACUAUUCAACGUGUCUUUGUAUGCAAUGCGCCCUCAUAUUACAGCACUGUCUGGAAGUACCUCAAGGGCUGGGUUGACCCUUAUACUGCAGAAAAGAUUGUAGUGCUCUUGGAGUCGGAGGUCCUUCCUACCCUCAGGGAGUACAUGGAUGAUGCCAAUAUCCCAACCAAGUUUGGCGGUAAAUUCCAAUUUACCCAUGGAAUGUUGCCAGAUCUCGACGGUAAUAUCCAGCAGCUUUUGAAGUCGGAUUCAUCGAGAUUUCUGCCUCCUGGCCCCCUGAAAUGGGUCCAAGAUUCAGAUGGUAGACGAACUGCAUUGGCUGUUGGCAGUAAGGCUGGCUCUGAGAGAAGCGAUAAGAUCGCAACCGUUGAUUGGCUUGGACAAUAA